AUGGCAACUGCAGCUAGUCCAACUUCAUCGCUGUACGAAGUUCUUGGCCUUCCAAUGAGUGCAAGUGGUCAUGAGAUCAAAGCAGCUUAUAGGAGACUAGCAAGGAGGUGUCACCCAGAUGUUGUGGCCAUGAACCAAAAACAAACCUCUGCUACUGAAUUCAUGAAGAUUCAUGCAGCUUAUGCAACCCUAUCGGACCCUGAAAAACGAGCAAACUACGAUAGGGGUCUUUACCGGUGUGCUCGGCCUUUCGGGUCUUCGUCUUCACUUUCCUCCGCAACAGCUGCGGCAGCAAAUACUUACCGGAACUGGGAGACUGACCAGUGCUGGGACAGCCACAGCAAGGUCUACACCGCCAAAGGCCCCAGGGACCACCUCGUCCGGCUCACCGCCCACACCGCCAUUCAAUUCUACGACGUGCAAGACCAGCUCGGAUACGACCGGCCCAGCAAGGCAGUUGAUUGGGUCAUCAAGAAAGCCAAGGCAGCAAUCGACGAGCUCAACGAGCUGCCGCAGUGGAACCCGAACUCAAUUUCUGUUCAGACAACAUCUUCUCUGACGGUGCCAAUAUCCGCCGCGUAG